UCACAUAAUUUGAAAACAGAAUUUCUAAAUUUAUUGUCACUGUCCAAAACCAAAAGCACUAAUUAUUAUUCUCAUUAUCAAAAGUAUUUAGAUGAAAACAAUAUAAAUAACGCUACGAAAAUGAUGGAGCAUGCAGCACAAAUAAAACGUGAUGAAGAAUAUCCGUUGCUGAAAGUAGAGUCAGGUAGUGGAGAUAAUGUUAUGAAGGCUCAAGUUCCUUCAACAAUACCAGCAUCGGGAUGGCAUGUCACUUGUACAUCCAAGCAGUUCUGGUGUAGCCGCUGGCCUGAAUUUGUCUAUGCUUGCUGGAUGACUACUAUUUUACUAGCAAUUUCCUUUCUCGUUUUUUAUGCUUUAGGAAUGAGUACUUAUAGAAGAAAUGCAGUUGUGAUAGUAAGGUGUAAUGAUUCAAAGCCUGCUAGCGAUGUUUUCUAUCACCAUAUUAUACCUAGAGAUGCUUAUGUACCCUAUUCUCUCUUUUCUGAAUAUCUUUCAUACAUGGCUACUCAUUACCCAUUUUUGCGUUUCAAUGUUUAUUUUCUAAUUGACGAUUCUGGGCAGAACACUAUUCAAGAUUCUGGCCACACAAUAUUUUUUGAAAGGUUAAUGCCACAAAUAACAGGACCGUUCAAUAGAAUUUUUGGUCAAAAUUAUAAAAGAGAAUUAAAGGAUUUCCAGAGAAGAUAUGAAAAUGUGAAUAUAAAUGUGAUGUAUCUCACAAAGUAUAUGGCAACGACGCCUCUUAGAUACAAGUGGAAAACUUUUUCUUCAAACCACUUAUCAUUCUUUGCUAGGAUUUAUGCAGUUUGGCAAAACGGUGGAAUCGGGUUCGAUCUUACUACCUUCAAUAAUCAAUUUAAUCACAAUCAAGCUAUUGAUCACCGGCUUGAUGCAAUCUUAAAACAACACAAUAAUGGUAUUAAGUCGGAAAAAUAUGCUGACACAUUUAAUUAUUUGGAUAAUCAAGAUCAAAAUGAAUUGUUUUCAAUGUUUUUCAAUAUGAUUAAUCAAAUAUUAAACGAAACCAGCUCUUUUUUUGGUGCAGAUAGCCCUGAUAUAAAAGUGAUUAACAAUACACCAGUCUUAAGAACACAAAGAAGUAAACGUGAAAUUCUAAAUAAUCAUACUGCUACUGUUAACGUUAAAGUUAAAUUGGGAAAUCACUCAACUAAUGAUAACGUAAAUGAGACUAGUAAAAUUUCAGUUAAUCUAACAAGCCUUUCUAACAAAAUUAAUAUUUCGAAAGAUAAUAAUAACACGAGCAAUGGAAAAGUUAAUGAUGAAGUAAUAAAUCCGCAUGAAGUUUUGCAGCACGAUCUAUUAAAGAUACCAAAUGUUGACAAUUUUAACGCAGACAAUAUGCCACAUGUUUUACUUUUUUACGAUAUUUAUGGAUUUUCAGAUGACAUUGGUCCAUCCUACUCCUUCCCUAAAUAUUAUGCUCCAGCUGAUCCUGUUUCCAUAAAAAAACCUCUCGUUAAAUCUGCAACUCAACCAAUGCAGAGGAAUUCAAACUACCUAUCUUUAACCCCUGAAGGGCAUUUCGUUGCAGCUUCUUCACGUCAUCACCCAUUUUUAGCUCAAUUGUUCUCUUCUGGAUGUCAGAGGGUUAGCCCUCAAUUUGCAAUUAAAAAUACUCUGUUGAACCAGUGUUCCGGUGUUAGAGAUGAUAUUUAUUGUGAAAAUAUACGUCUUAUUUACAAUGUUGAGUAGAAUGUCGGUUUCUAGCGGAUGUAAUUUUUUUUAAUUUCGUAUUUUUAUUAUUUUUCUAGUUUUAGUUUCGAAAUUGUAUAGUCUAUUGAAAAUUUAAGGAUUUUUAGAAAUAAAUUACUUUUUAACUAGUA